AUGCCCAAACCUAAGCAGUUCCUGAAAGAGAACAAGAAGAAGUCAAAGCAUGCCCCAUCGGCUCCAACGACGGCAGAUGAAUACCUGGCAGCGGGUGUAGACUUUGAGGAAGCGGGCGAGAAAUGGAGAGGUGGUGAUGCUGCAAAAUCGACCAGAUUCUUUGUCAGGGCAAUUGAUUGCUACGAAGAUGCUUUGAAGAAGUUCCCUCAUUCUUUUGAUCUUGCAUACAACAAGGCGCGACUUCAAUAUGAGCUCACACAGCAUCCAAAACUUCUCCAGCAACUCCCUGGAUCACUCUUGGAGCUUUUACAGACCGCAAUUGAAUCCAGCAGAUAUGCAUUGAAGUUGAAUGAGCAGAAUGCAGAUGUCUUAUUCAACACGGCACAAGCACUCACCAGCUACGUCGAAGCCCUGCAAGACGCGUCCAACGCGACUGAUCCGCUCCCGUUCCUUGAGGAAGCUCUCGAACUCUUCCAGAAAUGCCUCGAGUAUCAAGAACUUCAGCACCGAGAGUUUCGCGUGCAAGCCAAAGCCGCUGCUGCUCAAGAGACCGAUACAGAUGAUGGUGGUGUUUCCUUGACUACCGGCUCCACAAUGAAUGUCGACUCUGAACCUGCCAAAACUGACAUUCUCAGGGCAACGAUCAUUGAGCCAGUAACCAACCCCUCCCUCCUCGACACCAUCAUCGCCCAACUCCGCACCCUCUCCCUCUUGUGCUCGCUUCUCCCAGUCCCUUCCGGCCAAGCAUUACAAUUCAUCCAAGACUACGCUACCGGAAUCAUCGAAAUAAAACUCGACGCAUAUUGUAUCGGCACAGGCCGGGACAUCGAAUCCGCCCUCGCGCGCGACGAGUACUUUGCUGCUCUCUCCGACCUACAAUUCCGCAACGGCCUCCUCAACGUACAACCCUACUUCGACAUAAUCAAGCAAUUGUACAGCUUCCCCACCGCACAAUCCAACCCCGAAGCCCUGGUCAAGUCCGCCGAAGCAAGGAUCACCUUCCACAAUAAUGUUCUCCUCUAUGAAGACACAUUGAACUUGAGCUGGGAAGCCUUAUCCACCGCCCUCGUCACCCUCACUACAGCCUCCAAACUUCCAGACGUAGAAAACCUCGCCGCAGUCCAUGUCCUAAGAGGCGACGUCGAGAUGUUGCGGUACCAGAUGGGUCAACGCGGUUUCGCGGCUGCGAAGAAGAGUGCAGAGGUGCUGUUGAAAAAUGCAGAGGUUUUCUAUCGCGGCGGGAAGAAUGUUGCAAGAGCUGCCGCGGAACAGGGUGUUGAGGGCGAGGGCGCGGUGAAGGAGGGUUUGGUUAAGGGGUUGAGGGGGGAUGGAAUGGGGAUGCAAGGGGUGUUUGCGGGGAUGCUCGCGGGCUCGCAAGGGGAUGUCGUGGAGAAGAUGAUUAUUGAGGCGGUUGAGGAUGGAGUUGUCACGAGAGAGCAGCUGCAGGGGUUGGGUUUCGCGGCUUAG